AUGGAGACAAAGCAAGAAGUAGCAGACACCCAAACCUCCUUUUCCAUGACGGAGCCCGCCUCGUCUUCUUCUUCGCGAUGGGCAUAUCUGAAGCAUUACUUUACCAGUCGCGAUGGCUGGAUUGGUGAUUACGACUACAUGUACCUCAUAACCCCCAACAUCUGGCCCCUCAACAAAAAAUACAAGGACUUCUCAACGCCCUUCUACGGGCUCAACGACCACGUCCCGAUCUUGCUUACUAUCAUUCUGGGCCUCCAACAUGCUCUGACGCUGGUUGGCUCCGUAGUCUCGCCGCCGCUGGCCAUCGCCGGCGGUGCGUUCUAUCUCAAUUCGGCCCAGACGCAGUAUUUGGUUUCGGCGGCAUUUAUUACUACUGGUAUCGCGACGGCACUGCAAGUCACGCGCGUACACAUCACGAAGACGCCGUUCUUUAUCGGGACAGGGUUGUUGUCUGUCGUUGGGCCGACGUUUGAUAUUCUCAAUAUCGCGUUUAAUUAUACCGACAUGCGUUACACAAACGGGACAUGUCCUGUCGACGAAACUGGCGCAAAACUGCCCUGCCCAGAAGCAUGGGGCGCCAUGCUGGGCACGAUGUUGUGUACCGUCUGGGUGCAGAUAUUGAUGUCUCUCGUCCCGCCCAAGAUCCUCAAUCGGAUCUUCCCCAAGAUUGUGACGGGUAGUUUGUUGGUGCUGGUGGGUGUGUAUCUGAUCGGAAACGGGAUGGAGAAUUGGGGUGGAAGUUCGAAUUGCAAUGGCGGGACAGGGUAUUAUGCUUUGUGUCCGGAUACGGCUGCUCCCAAGCCGCUGCCUUGGGGCGACCCCAAAUUGAUCGGACUCGGCUUCAGCGUCUUCGUCACCAUCAUCCUCGUCGAAAUUUUUGGAUCUCCGCUCAUGCGCUCUGCAUCCGUCAUCUUCGGUCUGGCUGUCGGCUGCAUCAUCUCCGGCGCAGCUGGGUACUGGUCCCGAGCCGAAAUCGAUGCUGCCCCUGUCGGCACCUUUUUAUGGGUUCACACAUUCAAACUCUCUGUUGACAGAGCGCUCGUCUUACCGCUGAUGAUCAUGUUUGUCUGCGAAGCCGUGAGUUGUAUGCCCGAUAUCCUGGCGACUGCCGAGCUUUCCGGAGUCGACAUCGACGGCACGGAAUUCAACAGUCGUAUCCAAGGCGGGAUCAUGUGUGAUGGCAUUGGUAGUCUGAUUAGUGCCCUGGGCACUGGACUGCCUAUGGUCAGUCAGGCUGGUAACAACGGUGUAAUCUCAUUGACAGGAUGCGCAAGCCGCCGCGCUGGCUGGUGUGCCUCCGCCUUCCUCGUCCUGAUGGGCAUAUUCGGCAAAUUCGGCGCCGUCUUUGGUUCCAUGCCCCCCUCAGUUCUCGGCGGUAUGCAAGUGUUCUUAUAUAGCACAAUCGCAAUCGCUGGAAUUCGUGUCUUGAGUCUCGUUGAGUUCACCCGACGAAAUAGAUUCAUCUUGACUGCGGCUUUGGGAAUCGGCUUUAUUGACAUUGUCUCACCGAGCUGGUUUGCAAAGAUUCUGGACUAUAGCGGACCAAACGUCAAUUUGCAGGGAUUUGAGCAAGGGUUGAAUCUUAUUGUUGAGACUCCAUUCAUUAUUGCGGCUGUCAUUGGGGUCUUGCUGAAUUUGGUGAUUCCGGAAGACAAGGGAGCAAAGAGUACUAUGCUCCCAUGGCAGAGACAGUCUGAAUUGUCCGAGUCGAUGUAG